AGUAGAUUUUGUUAACUAAGGAAUCAUAAAUAGAGUUUAGGUUCCAAUUCCAUAAAUCAUAGAUAAAAAAUAGAUAGUAUUGUCUAUAAUGAUAACAAAUGAAAGAUUUUUUCAAGAUUUAUAUUUGUCCACAUGAUAUAAAUGGGUUGGGUGAACUUGAAAAUUACAUCAUUGAAUUUGAAUAAGGAAACAACUUAAUUACAUUUAGUUGUAUGGUACCAACGAAAUCGAGUGCUAACCACUAUUUCGUUUUGAAUUAAUUGAUUUACUUGCUGUGGAAGAUUUUUUUGUAUUAGAUAAUUUUUGAAAAAUAAAAUUGACAUAUUUCACUUUUUUAUAUUAUGAGACUAAAUCCUACUACUUCUAGUCCUAGGGUUGGCAGUUGGCACACUUGAAAUAGAAAAUCUAAGACGUAUUUCUCAAAUCAUUGAUCCAGUAUUGGAUGUAACCUUUCUUCCGGGUAAGAUACGUAAUAUUUACAACGUUUUGGUAGUUAAGGGUCAAAAUACCCUCAGGGAACAAUUUAAUGUGACUUGUGAAGUAUAGUAAUUAUUAGGAUAUAAUCGAGUUUAAGCUGUAGCUAUGAGCACUACAGAUGGUCUAAUGAGAGGAAUGGAAGUAAUUGACACGAGAGCCCCUCUAAGCCCUAUAGAGAAUGGCACAAGAUCUCCUAUUCAUGAACCUGCAUCCGCUUUAGUACAAUUAGAGAUAAAAUUAUCUAUUUUUGAAACAUAAAUUAAAGUAGUAGAUCUUUUAGCCCCUUAUCGUCAUGGAGGAAAAAUCAGACUCUUUCAACAACAUUGCCAAAGCUCAUCGGGGUGUAUCCAUAUUUGAUGAAGUCAAGGAACGCACUUGUGAAGGAAAUUAUCUUUACAUGGAAAUGAAAAAAAUCUGGAGUA